AUGCAGUUUUGCGGAGGAACUCUGAUCGCUAACGAGUGGAUACUCACAGCAGCUCAUUGUCUUUACAGCCAGUCUUCAGCUGCAGAGAUAGUCGUAAAACUGGGCAUCUACAACAAAGAAGCUACAUCAGAAGGCGGAUCUAUGCAAAUGACACCCGCCAAAAUAAUUAUUCAUGAACAGUUUGAUACAGCAACGACGAAAAACGAUAUCGCUCUUCUGCAGCUAUCGUCCUCUGUUCGUUACACGGACCACGUUUCACCGAUAUGUCUGCCACGCCAGGGCGAAAAGCCUCCAACAGCCAGAAAGCACAUUUUCGUAACAGGUUGGGGACUAACUACAGGUGAGUUGGAUUAUAUACAUAUGGCAUUAAAUUCUUAUUCUUAUUCGAUCACAUUAAGAACGAAGACCAUUUUCGAAACCCUUCCUGAUGCUUUGUUUUUAGCCCAGGGAGAAGGCAGUGCACAACUACAGCAGGCGGGUGUCCGAGUGAUCGAUUUCAGGAGUUGCGAAAGGAACUAUAAAACUCGUCGAAUUCAGCUCUAUACUCCGGAAAUGUUUUGUGCUGGUAUGCCAGAUGGCAGCAGAGACACGUGUCAGGGAGACAGUGGAGGGCCACUGGUACAGUACAACUACCAAACUCAGCAAUGGACGCAAAGAGGCAUCGUAUCGUUUGGAAAAAGCUGCGGAGAAAGACGUUAUCCCGGGGUCUACACGAACGUUGCCAACUACGUUGACUGGAUAAAGAAAAAAUGGAAUGACCAUUCACAAAAUUCGAUGAAAGCUUUGUUGCACAAUUUAAACAGCAGAAAUGUAACAAAUAUUUUCGGUUAA